UCGAUCACUAGAUUCGAUCGAUCACUUGUACGAUUGCAUGGGAACCUCGUAGACACAAGACAGAGACAGUUCCACAUGCAAGUGCCCCGCUCAGCCUUUGACGCACUGUACGUCUCGAUUGCGCUAUCGUGUCGUUUAUGCAAACAAAACAUAAAACCCGCACGAAAACAGGUAUCAAUUUGUGAUGCCGCUGACUUGGUUUGUCAUUGAGACGACGUUCGACCUCAGCAUUGAAGGAUUUGCAUGUUCUGAUGCGGCGCAUCCCCGGCUCACGGCCGUCGAAGGUUGCUUGGAUGAAAUUAGCAAACCGGCGGCUCGAUUGCCAUACUUAGCUCGUUUCUCGCUGGCGAAAAAAAAAAACUCACUUCCUAUGAUAAAUCAACGCCUACUAGCGCACCGCAACACCGGAAAUGAUUCGUGUCACGUCACACCGCGAUCGAGCGUGCGAUGAACCGUGCCCGGUGCCGCCAAAACAUUACGCCGAGCUUGGCUGCAAACCAAUCCUCGAGGAAGGUCAGUGCUGCCCGAAAAGAUACCAGUGUCCCGAGUUGACCGAUCGCGAUGGAAACAAAUGCUACUUCAAUGGCAACAUUUAUCCGGCCGGCGCCAAGCUAGCCCCGGCCGAACAGGAAAUUCACUCCUGCUCGCCUGCCUGCUUCUGCUCCAACCACACCGCACCGGCAACGUUCCGCUGCGCCAGCAUCGAUUGUUUCGAGUUUUUCGAACCGACCAAAGAGGACUGCAUCCACCAGUACACGCUGCACGGGUGCUGCGCGGAAAAGAGCGUUUGCGGUGCGGACAAGCUGGCCAAGCUCGCUCAGUGCUAUCUGGACGGCCGGCAGUAUUACGAGGGCCAGCGGAUGUACCCGAAGGAGGAGUCGUGCAAGUUUUGCUACUGCAAGCCCGGCUUCGACAACAGCACGGUCGGGGCGGACAAUCCGAACUGCUACGAGACGCAGUGCGGGCUGGAGCUGCACGCCGGCGACCGGAUCGCGAUGGGCUGCAUACCGAUCUACUUCGGCAACCAUCGGUGCUGCCCGAUCUCGUGGAAGUGCCCAUCCGACAGCGAUGAGGUGAUUGUCGAGGGACGCAUCGAGCAGGAUGAUGACGCCCAGCCCGAACCGGCCAUGCAGUGUAAGUUCGGCAAGCUGACGCUGAACAAAGGGGACGGCGUGAGCAGCGACGACAAGUGCGUGGAGUGCAAGUGCACGGUACCACCGCUAGCCCACUGUAUCCAGCGGGAGGAUUGCUAGAGCGGAACGGGGGCCACGAUUAGUGUUAGGUUGUUUUUUAAAGUAAUUAUUUAAAUUUUGUCACCAGGGAGAAUGCGAGGAAGGGAAAGAAAAGAAGAGAAGGGAAGUGUAGAGCGUCGAACAUCAUGUACUUAAUAAGCGCGGCGUGAAGGCUGUGUGGAGUUUUUUUGUUUCGAAUAAACCAUGCUCGUUUUAAGUAGCCUGUAAUUAAA